GGUGCGUUCACUUUCCCUGGCGGUGAGGUGAGGUUUAACAGCGCGGACGCGGUGGGAAGAGCGGGGGAUGCUGCUGCUCUCGUCUCAUCCUCUCUGCAUGCACAUCACAGCGGGUAUCAUAUGCAAGGACAGUUCUUUCCCUAAGAGGACAUUUUUGACCAAACGAGUUCCUCGCUCUCCUCAGAACAUCUUGCUGUGUUCCUGAUGGAGGGGAGGUUGGGAGACUUUCAGAACGGACACCAUGUUUCCCUGUGUCUCCCCAUGGUCUUCUGCUGAACCGACAGCCCCUGGCGGCUAUGCCUCAUCCACCCCUCCAGCCCAGACACCUGAACAGACGCUUCCGGACCUGCUGCGCGGGUGUGCCACGCUCUCAGCCCCGCCCCUGAGCCCCUGUACAGCUGACAUGGAGUCCCUCAUUGUGGUGACAGAGUACGAGCCUAGUGAGGGCAGAAUGGGCGAUGUUGACGAGGACGAGCCAGAGGAGAUGGAUAGCUCAGAGACACCUGAGCCGGCCUCGGCUCCGCCCCCACCCUUCCAUGCAGCAUCCUGUGAUCUUUUAUCGCAUACGACCAGUCGACCUGAGGCUCUCUUCCCGGGGACGCAGGAACACCGCGGCAAGCUGAACCUUUCAGACAGGAAGCUGUCACUGCAGGAGCGCUCGCACACCCUCUCCUCACCUUGCGGAUCACCGGGCCUCAACGGACGUUACAUUUACCCCUCGCUGCCCUACUCACCCAUCACCUCGCCCCACUCAUCUCCUCGCUUGCCUCGUCGGCCCACUGUCGAAUCGCACAGAGUUUCCAUCACUGAUCUGCAGGACUGUGUGCAGCUGAACCAAUACAAGCUGAAAGAUGAGAUCGGAAAGGGGUCGUACGGAGUUGUCAAACUGGCCUACAAUGAAGACGACAACACCUACUAUGCGAUGAAGGUCCUGUCCAAAAAGCGUCUUAUGCGACAGGCUGGAUUCCCACGAAGACCUCCUCCUCGAGGUGCCCGCUCUGGUCCCGAGGGUCCACCUCAGCCCAAAGGCCCCCUGGAGCGGGUGUACCAGGAGAUCGCCAUCCUCAAGAAGCUGGACCAUCCUAAUGUGGUCAAGCUAGUGGAGGUGCUUGAUGACCCAAGUGAGGACCAUCUGUACAUGGUAUUUGAGCUGGUCAAGAGAGGCGCAGUGAUGGAGGUCCCUGCUGAUAAACCCCUGAACGAGGAGCAGUCACGUUUCUACUUCCAGGACCUGCUCCGAGGAAUUGAGUACUUACACUAUCAGAAGAUCAUUCACCGGGAUAUUAAGCCAUCUAACCUGUUGGUUGGUGAUGAUGGGCACAUCAAAAUCGCUGACUUUGGAGUCAGUAACCAGUUUGAGGGUGCCGACGCACUGCUCACCAGCACAGUGGGAACGCCAGCAUUCCUCGCUCCUGAGACUCUCUCCGAGACCCGCAAGAACUUUUCGGGCAAGGCGUUGGAUGUUUGGGCUAUGGGGGUAACGCUGUACUGCUUCGUCUUUGGCGUGUGUCCCUUCAUGGACGAGCGCAUACUGAGUCUGCACCAGAAGAUUAAAACACAACCUGUGGAGCUUCCUGAGCAUGCCGACGUGUCUGAUGAUUUAAAGGACCUCCUUUUCAAGAUGCUGGAUAAAAAUCCUGAAAACAGAAUUACAAUUCCACAGAUCAAGGUUCACCCGUGGGUGACCCGGCAUGGAGCGGAGCCUCUUCCUCCUGAGGAUGACAAUUGCUCCAGUCUGAUCGAGGUGACAGAGGAAGAGGUGGAGAACUCAGUGAAACAUAUUCCCAGUCUGGCAACAGUGAUCUUGGUGCGCACCAUGCUGCGUAAACGAUCAUUCGGGAAUCCAUUUGACUGGAGCCGCCGGGAGGACCGCAGCCCCACUACACAGGGACACGGCCUAACAAAAGGGAGAGCAGGGAAUUUACGAUACUGCUACAUUCACGGUAACCAAAGGAAACAAGAGAGUGGAGAAGGCAUACGCAGCAUGGACUUGCCCUUCGUAGGCGAGGAUGAAGUGCUUUCCUGAUGCCUCAUGUCUGAUUGAAAGGGCUUAGUGUCUCUAACCCAGCCUGGUGGAUGAUGGGGAUCUGGAACGGUUUCCGAGCGCCAUCAUGCAGCUGGUACACGAGGACGGUGUAGGGAGCGUUUCCCCUACAACCUGCAUGCAUUUGUACAGUUUUACAGCAGCAUGCGCUGUGUGUCAUCUCAGGACACACUCUUCCUUACAUUUGUGCGUGAGUGUAAAUGGGUGUGAGAGUGUGAGUGUGUGUUUAUUUCCCCUCCUGUCCAGUGUGGAGGCUCUGCUUGCACUUUUACUAUAUGGUUACUAUAUGGGAUCAUGCUACUUCUUGAAGCACAUGGUGGAUGCACUUUGAUUGUAAUUGGCUGUUUUUCAACACAGGAAGUGAAAAACAAACAAACAAACAAACAAACAAACAAGUACUUGGCUAAUAGCUUUAAGUUAGCUUAAAAUUUUCACAAGAGGUUGUGGCCAGCCAGCUGAUAUUUAGCCAAGCUGCGCCUCCUGAUGGUGGACAUAUAAAGCAGAUAUAAAGCAGAUAUAAAAGCCUUCAUAUCAGGCAUUAUUUCUACAAAAUCCGCAAUUAUCCUCUUUUAUAAGAUCAGCAUGUAGACUGCGCUCACAGUGAAUGAUUUUGGUGACUGAGAUGCUUGCAUCGUCCUAAAUGUUUGUAGGAUAAGGAUUUUCAGGUAUUUAAACCGCUGUUACAGACGUCAAUAAAGGAGUACGAAAAAAGAAAGGCAAAAACACAGAUUGAGAAACAGCUCAUGUCCAGAUCUCCAUCAGGGUUUGAUAUUAAAUAUGUAUAAAAAUAUUUAUACAUAAAUCCUUUAUCAGAGAACUAGAAUGUAAAAAAGCGAAUAAGGUUCUUGUGCAUCGUUGUGCAAAAAAACUAUUCCUCAUUAUCGCAUUUGAACUGUCAAGCAAUAGUGGUCGCUGCUGCAUCAGAUAAACAUUAGGUAAAGUAGUAGUGUUACUUUUUUUUUUAUUUUUGAAUGGCAUGUUUUAUUUUGAGGUUGAAAUGACCGGCUGGAGAGUUCCAGACAAAUUUAAACCUUUUAAACAUUCUCUUCUGACAAUUUGUCCCAAAGCUGUGUCUCAAAUUUUGUACAUUCCAUGAACAAAAUUAUGGGAACAAAAAUAUUUCAUGUCUAGGAUGGCUGGCACAUCAGUUUUAAAUAUGCAAGGAUCGCGUGUUAUUGUAUUUGAACUCCAUAUAUACAUAUAGCGUGUGAAAAAGUAUUUUUUCCUGAUUUUUUUUUCUUGCCUGUUUGUCAAACUUAUAUGAUUAAGCUCAUCAAACUAAUUUUAAUGUUACGCAAAGAUAACCCGUAAAAUAGAAAAUGCAGUUUUUAAACUAUGAUUCCAUUCAUUAGACGUAAAAAAGCUGUGUGGCCCUAUGUAGAAAAAGUAAUUGCCCCCUAAACCUAAUAACUGGUUGUGCCACCCUUUGGCGAUGAUAACUGCAAUCAAGCAUUUGUGAUAACUGACAAUGAGUCUUUCACAUUGCUGUGGAGGAAUUUUGGUCAACUCUUCUUUUUUGUCACGAGUUUCAAAGUUAAUUGUACCCCCACAGUAAAGGACAGACAUAGAAGCAUUGAGUUUUACAAUCUUAUAAGUUUACGGAACCAUCGUGUGAUUUGAGACACAGCACAGUUUAGUUUAUAACCCAAUCCCAGCUGUUUGAUUAAAUUAAAGAGCCAAUGUGAGGUGUUAGUAAUGUUUAUAACCAUGUCAGCCUGGUGUUAUAUUCAUUAAUGCAUAACGGUUAAGCGGCUUGCCCUGACCGCCGAUCAUACUCCCAUUAAACCGCAUUCAGGGUGGUGUGUGUGUGUGUGUGUGUGUGUGUGUGUGUGUGUGUGUGUGUGUGUGUGUUUUGUAAUGUGAACACACUCACUAAUUGUCAGGUCUGGAAAUUGGGUUUGUAUAAUGGGGAAGGUGUUUGAGGGGUUAUUAGCAAGUUUACAAAAUGUCCACAAUGUUCUUUUACCCAAAAUGUUGUCGAUGUGACAAGACAUGUUUGUUGUACACAGGGCUAACGCAGCUACGAGUUUAGCAUCAUCCAAAAGUUUAGCUUUGUUCAAGUUUUUUUAAGUUAAAAAUUACAGUUAACCUUCGAUUACAUUUUAUAUACAUUUACUAGUGAUGUUUAGGAAGAGGCCCUUGUAGGUGACUUAGAAAUGCUACUACUCUAUUACUUAAUAGCUACAUUCACCUUGUAACUACAGCUUACCUUAAAUGUCCUGCACCAAACAUGCAGUGUACAUUUUGAAAAACAGGAACAUUGUGAUUCAUUGUACAUUAGAUUUUUUUAGGGGGGGGGUGGGGGGAAAUAUAAAGCAAACUAAUUAUUUCAAUGUGCAAUUUCUUUUUAUUAUUAUUAUUAUGAACAGACAUUUUACCAAAAUAUUACAAGCUGGUGCAUCUUAUAAACAAAAAGUGGUCAUGUUGAAAGUGUAUGAGUUAUUGACAUUUCAAUAUUAGACGUAUAGAUUGCAUCUUUUUUUUUUUUAGAGAAAUACAAUAACUUUUACAAUCUAUGCAUGACUUGAUUGAAAUUUUUAGACAUAAAUGUAUGCCUUACAUUUCAUCAUUGUAACUUUGUAACUUUUGAUACUAUAUAACUAAAGUAGGAUCAGUUAAGUUUGAGCUGUAUAUCAUUGCGCAUGUGGCUGCUGCUUUCCUGCGACUGAACUUCCUUUAUGCCACACAUACACACACACACACACACACACACACACACACACACACACACACAGACACACACACACCUUGAUGUUAAAGAGUUUCUUGCUUCCAUGGUGAGGAGGGGUCGUGUUUGAGCACGAGUGUGUCGGGUUUUCUGCAUUUGUCUUUCUGCAUGUUAACUGAAAGCUCGCGCAGGUUGUUGUGUAGUUAACACUAUUACUAUGCAUUUAAGGCUGUUUGUGGCUCUGGUGUUGGAUAUAAGGAAAAUAUCCAACAGUGUGUAGGAGUGUAUAUUAUUAACUGAUAUUAACAAGGUCUUAUAAAGAAGUACAAUAUUACUGUAUAUGCUACACUAGUUUCCAGAUUGUAAUAAGUGGAUUUAUUUUUAGCUGCAGUGUUUUUCCACCAGACAGUGCAUCUCGUCUCAGUUAAUGGUCUCUUGUUUUGUCUACAUGGUCUCUAUUUUGUAGUACUGUGAGUAAGGACAUACUUUGAUUUCCCCCUUCUUAUAGGGUAACGAGAUCACUGAUUGGUCAAAUAUAACGGUGGAAGAAUCUUGUUUAACAAGCAUGACUUUUUUAGCAGACAUUACAGCUAUGGCACAGACAUAAUCGGUAGUAACUGUUUGACCAAGUUUAGGUUUUAUUUUUUAGGGCAACUUCAUGUCAAAUAACCUUUAAAUCACAGUAUGUGUUCCUUUAUCCACAUGCACUUCAUAAAACAACAAACAAAGUUUGCACUUAACAGCCUUUGUAUUUUGAGUUAAGAUUUAAAUCAUUGGCACUCUUGCCUUUAUAUAGAUCACUUGCCACCAUUUAAACUUCACCCAAUCUGAGGCAGCUACACACAGAUACACAUACAUCUUAACCCAAAAAGAUGUUUUUUGUUUCUUUUUAAUAAGUGAAUUCCAUAUUUUAAAAAAUUUAAUCGUAAACUUGUAAUUAUUUACUAAUCAUGCUCCUCACAUCACUAGUUUCCACCCAAGACCCUCCAGAGCAAGCACAUCCACUUUCCCAGGUACAGAAAGUCAACCAAGAUAUGAAUACAGUGGAUCCUCAGCAAACAAUUGCCCUGCCUUUACAAAUUUUCACCUUAAGACCUGAAAUUUUACAAGAAAUAAGCAUCAGCAUAAAAAGCAUUUUUGGCAUACGAACGAACUGAACCAAACGUUGGCCAAGUUGUGCAUAUGUCCAAGGGCCGUUCAAAACUUGUUUGUCAGUGAAAAGCCAAGCAAAGUACGUUUACAUAAAAAAAAAAAAAAAUUUUGCCACCGCAUGCGUUUCGAAAAGUCACCCCACGAUACCAACAUUGCUUUCGGCAUGCGUUCAAAAGUUAUGUGAUUCUUUGUACGUUUUUUUUGGUUGUAAUGGAUUAUUAUUUGUAUUGCGAUAUGAAUUUUCACCUUAAAAACUCGACUUCCAGGCCAAAUUAAAUUCAUAUACAGUGGUUCAGCUAUAGUUCCGAAUUUAUUAUUGGAUGGUGCUAACUGGUGGAAAAUCGCUAUUAGUGUGUUAAUGGUAUCUUAAUGCUGUGUUCUGUUGUUCUCAGAAGUCCAUUAAUAUUGCCAUGUAGCUACUUUCUAAUUAAAGUAGGCAACGUAUCUUUGGCAAGCACUGUAGGUAGAUGUCAUUAAUAACCACAGUAUUAAUAUUUCUAAUUUAAAUAGUUAAUUUCUUUUGUCAAUGAGUAUACUAUGGAUUGCAUACAUGAGAUAUUCUUUUCAGCUUACCCACUAUUAGCAAUAAAACAUGAAAAAAGUGGUUGAUUUAAAACCUAAAAUCUUUGUAUUUAAAGAAAUUGACAUUCAUUGCCUGCUCUCAGAUUGUAAAAGGACUUUAAACAAGUCAUUUUAAGUAAUUGUUUAAGUAGUUACUAAAAGACUGUGAGAGUUGUCUGCUGUUUAAUAUUAGACAAUGUAUAAAUUCUUGCAAUCCAUAUAGAUGUAAGCUGUGUUUAAGCCAGUAACCUGAUGCAAAGUGGAUUUCCAGUGGUGUUUCCAAUCAGAAAAUCUGACUGACUGAUGUGAUGGAUAUUAUUUAAAGGUAAAAGUUGACAUUUUGUUAAGUUCUGACUACAACAGAACAUAGCAGAAACUAGAACAUUUUGUUGUUAUAUUAAAAGGAUCUCAUAUAACAGGGCUUUUAACUCUGGUCCUGGAUGGGCCAUUUGGUGAUUCAUCUGCUCAGACACAGCUGAUUCAUGUAAUCUGUUAAUUACCAGGUUCAGUGGGUGUGUUUGGGUGUUGGUGAAUUAUUAGCUUUCAAUUAACUAAGUCUAGAUUAAGAUUUUGUUCUGUUGUUUGAUAUGAAUUUAAUUUAAUUUUUUUAAGCUUGCCAUAGAGGAUACUUAUUUUCAACAAACACCCUCUUUUAUGUCUAAAGUCACCUGGUUAGGUGUGUGUGCUUACGUUUUGGCUCACACACCUUAUAGAUGGAGCUGGUACUGAUUGAAUUGCUUUCAACAAGAUAUGAGCUGCAGUUUAAAAGUGACAAAAAUGCUGUAAGACGUUUGUAUGUGUAUAUAUACGUAUGCUUUUUAUCUCAAUGGUGUGUGCCCGGGUUUGACUGAAAGGGCUAGAGGACAUAUCACUCAUAUACACGUAGGGUUUAGCACCUGUAGUGAAAAGUGUUUACAUGGAUUUAACUGCAUGCCAUCAUCAUCAGCACCUACCUUUUCCGAGCAUGUUGGAAUGUUUGACAGGAGUCACUUAUCACUCUAUACAUAUUGUAUCCUGUUCAAUAUUUGAAUAAACUGAAUAAAGAUUUGAUUCACUUGC